AUGGCGGAUGGCUUCUCCUCCGCCUUUGUGGUUGCUCAUGAAACCGGCCAUGUGCUGGGUAUGGAGCAUGAUGGCCAGGGGAACCGCUGUGCCGAUGAGACCAGUAUGGGGAGCAUCAUGGCGCCACUUGUCCAAGCAGCUUUCCACCGCUAUCACUGGUCACGCUGCAGCAAACAGGAGCUCAAUCGAUACAUCCACUCAUAUGACUGCUUGCUGGAUGAUCCCUUUGAGCACAAGUGGCCUAAGCUUCCCGAGCUCCCAGGAAUAAAUUAUUCAAUGGAUGAACAGUGCCGUUUUGACUUUGGAGUUGGUUAUAAAAUGUGCACUGCUUUUCGCACUUACGACCCUUGCAAGCAACUGUGGUGCAGUCACCCUGACAACCAGUACUUCUGUAAAACCAAAAAAGGGCCACCAGUGGAUGGAACAGAGUGUGCACCAGGAAAGUGGUGUUUCAAGGGCCAUUGCAUUUGGAGGUCUAGCCAACAGCCUCAGGGUCACGAUGGCAGCUGGGGCUCCUGGUCAAAGUUCGGCUCCUGCUCCAGAACUUGUGGAGGUGGAGUUCGCUCACGCAGCAGACAGUGCAACAACCCUCCGCCUGCGUAUGGAGGCCGAGACUGCCCUGGCUCUACUUUUGACUACCAGAUGUGCAACACUGAGGAGUGUGCUGGGCCAUACGAGGACUUUCGUGCACAGCAGUGCAUCCAGAGGAGCAACAAAUACCACAAAAACAUCAAGCACACAUGGCUACCAUAUGAGCACCCAGAUGAGAGUCGCAAGUGUGAGCUGAGCUGUAAGUCCAAGGAAACAGGAGAGAUAGUGUUCAUGAACCAGGUGAUGCACGACGGGACGCAUUGCAGCUACUCAGAGCCCUUCAGUGUAUGUGCCCGAGGAGAGUGUCUGCAUGUUGGCUGUGACAAGGAAGUCGGCUCUUACAAACAGGAAGACAAAUGUGGCGUGUGUGAGGGUGACAACUCACACUGUCGCACUGUGAAGCUGACACUCACCAAGACACCCAAAAAGAAUGGAAUGCUGAAAAUGUUCGACAUCCCAAUAGGAGCUCGGCACAUUGUUAUUGAAGAGAAUGAUACAUCGCCUCAUAUAAUUGCUGUGAAGAAUCAAGUAACUGGGAACUUCAUACUGAAUGCAAAAAGUGAAGACGCUGAAUCAAAGACAUUCAUCGAAAAUGGCUUACAGUGGGAGUAUUCCAUUGAUGGUGAGAAGGAGACCCUUAAAACAUCUGGUCCUCUGCAUGAAGGCAUUAUAGUUCUGGUCUUUCCGCAGGCGGAAGAUACAAAAAUGAGCUUGACGUAUAAAUAUAUCAUUCAUGAGGACCUGUUGCCCCUUAUUACCAACAACAAUGUCCUUCUCGCUGAACUGGAUACGUAUGAGUGGGCACUGAAGAGCUGGUCUCAGUGCUCCAAACAUUGUGGUGGAGGCAUACAGUACACAAAAUAUGGCUGUCGGAGAAAGAGCGACAGUCGCUUGGUGCAUCGAAACUUUUGUGACACCAGCAAAAAGCCCAAACCUAUUCGCAAACGCUGCAAUGUGCAAGAGUGCAGCCAGCCGCUGUGGGCGGUGGAGGAGUGGAGUCCCUGCAGUAAGACGUGUGGGAAGCUCAGCUACCAGACAAGGGUGGUACAGUGCACGCAGGAGCUCCACAAUGGCACCAGCAGGCCUGUCCACAGCAAACACUGCACCCAGAACCGUCCAGAGACGAGGAGAACCUGUAACUAUACCACCUGCCCAGCCCAGUGGAGGACAGGCGCAUGGUCACAAUGCUCUGUGACCUGUGGCGAGGGAAUCCAACAAAGGCAGGUGGUUUGCAAGGCCAGCGACAACACCAUUGGCGAAUGUGAGGGGGAAAAGCCAGAAACAAUCCUCAUUUGCAAACUCAGUUAUUGUCCAGAGAGCAUGGUCAAAAAAGAGAAUACAUUCACUGAGCAGCAGUUCUCUCAGUGUAAACACCAGAGAGGAGAACGACCAGACUGGUUUGAGAUGGAAGGAAGGCAACUAAAAUAG